AUGGUUAACUGGAAAGAACCCGGUACCUUCGACCGUCUCAUCGGUGCCCUGCUUGCUGCCCAUCCCGAACUGAAGCCUGACUACCAUGCUAUCGCCAGAAUGUUUGGACGUGGCGCAACCUACAAUGCUGUCGAGGGCCAGUUCCGCAAAUUCCGUGAAAUGGCAAAGGCCCUGGCUGCAGAAUCCCAGGGAAAUGGUUUUCAGGCUUCUCCGCGUCCCAGAUCUGUUGCCCGUGGCUCUCGCACCCAGGCCGCCGGGGUCAAAAAGCCCGUUGCAAAGCCCAAAAAAUCUCUCAAGGCCAAAAACUUGAAAGCCUCAGGCAAGUUCAAUACUAAUGGAUCGCUUGGUCAGUCGCUGCUGGGUGCAAUCAAUAUUAACAACAGUGAUGAAGAAGAUGACCACAUUUCUAUCAAGAGUGAGACUGCCUUUGCGAAUGAUGAUGCCGUCAAUGUCAAGGACGAAGAAACUACUAUGCAAAAUCCUAUUUCCGACUCGGAGAAGAUCGGUAGUUGCAAGAAUGGCUACGAAGCUGCACUUCGAGGAUCGAAUGUUGCUGAAUCCGAGGACGAAGACUUUUCUGAAUAUGCAUAG